GACACUAUUUAAAGGGCUCCAGAGUUGCUGGGCAUUACAGAGGGAGCAAGAAGGGAUCAUGGCCACUUCAGAGCUGAGCUGUCAAGUGUCUGAGGAGAACCAGGAACGCCGGGAAGCCUUCUGGGCUGAGUGGAAAGACCUGACUCUGUCCACCCGGCCGGAAGAGGGAUGCUCCCUGCAUGAGGAAGAUACACAGAGGCAUGAGACCUACCAUCGUCAGGGACAGUGUCAGGCAGUGGUGCAACGCUCGCCCUGGCUGGUGAUGCGCCUGGGUAUCCUCGGCCGCGGGCUGCAGGAAUAUCAACUGCCGUACCAGCGCGUGCUGCCACUGCCCAUCUUCACCCCAACCAAGGUGGGAGCCGCCAAGGAGGAACGGGAGGAGACCCCCAUCCAGCUGCGGGAGCUGCUGGCACUGGAGACAGCCCUUGGCGGCCAGUGCGUCGAGCGCCAGGACGUGGCUGAGAUCACCAAGCAGCUUCCUCCUGUGGUGCCCGUCAGCAAACCCGGGCCCCUGCGGCGGACCCUGUCUAGAUCCAUGUCUCAGGAAGCUCAGAGAGGCUGAGAUGGACUGUGACUCAGGCCCCACUGUGUCUGCCUUGGGCUGGGCACUUCCUGGCUAGGACCAUGGAGGAGAGCUGGCCAUGGCUGCUUUGUAGUUUGCCCAGAGGUGGGGGCUUAUGGGAGAAGGGAGCCAGAGGCCAGGAUGCCUAGGUGUCCUGAGUUCCCACAGGGAGGGAAGCAAGGAUGAUGGGCAUUAGUGGUGGAAAGCUGAGCAUCCUCAGCCGGAGAAGGAACAAGAGAUACUGGUGAAGAGUGAGAGGCCCCUGCUAACAGUGACCUGUUCAGUAACAGGGAUGGAGUCGGACGAGGGAGAGAUCCGGAAUGCUCUGGGAAGGAAGCUUGGAGACUAGGGAGGGAGAGGUAUGUGAAGAGGGCGGAAGCAGGGCAGGCCCCCAGCACCCUCUGUUAGCACUGCAAUAAAUGCUCAACCACA